CCAAUCCGUGGUGAUGGCCAAAUAUAGAUCGAGCAGCAGCGACGCCGAGAGAAAAAAGAGGGAAUAAAGUUCGAGAAGGGAGCGAUAGAGAGAGGUGAAGAUGGAGGGGGGAGGUCAGCCUGCGAACUCGAAGAUGGCGGAGGAGGUCGGAGGGCCGGCGCCGGUACCGCCGCCGGGGCAAGGGCUCCAGGGCAUCAAGGCGACGCUCAGCCAAGGCGGCCGCUUCAUCCAAUACAACAUCUUCGAAAACAUCUUCGAGGUCACCGCAAAGUACAAGCCCCCGAUUAUCCCCAUCGGCAAGGGCGCCUACGGGAUCGUCUGUUCCGCUUUGAAUUCACAGACGGGGGAGCAAGUGGCGAUUAAGAAGAUCGCCAAUGCUUUCGACAACAAGAUCGACGCGAAGAGGACGCUGCGGGAGAUCAAGCUUCUCAGGCACAUGGAUCAUGAAAAUAUUGUUACCAUCAGAGAUCUGAUUCCACCGGCUGUACGCGAUGCGUUUAAAGAUGUCUACAUUGCUUAUGAGUUAAUGGACACGGAUCUCCAUCAAAUCAUCCGUUCAAAUCAAGCACUUUCCGAGGAGCAUUGCCAGUAUUUCCUUUAUCAAAUUCUUCGUGGGCUAAAGUACAUACAUUCAGCAAAUGUUCUCCACAGAGACCUGAAACCAAGCAAUCUCCUCUUAAAUGCCAACUGUGAUCUGAAAAUUUGCGAUUUUGGACUGGCUCGCACCUCCUCAGAAACCGAUUUUAUGACUGAAUAUGUUGUUACGAGAUGGUACCGCGCACCAGAGCUGUUGCUCAAUUCUUCAGAGUACACGGCAGCCAUUGAUGUGUGGUCUGUUGGCUGCAUAUUCAUGGAACUUAUGGACCGGAAGCCUCUGUUUCCCGGAAGGGAUCAUACUAACCAACUAAAUCUAUUGAUGGGGGUUAUCGGCACUCCAGAUGAGGCUGAUUUGACUUUUUUGAGUGAAAAUGCAAGAAGAUACCUUCGCCAUCUUCCUCGCCAUCCGCGCCAGUCCUUCCCCCAAAAAUUCCCCCAUAUUCACCCUACAGCCAUCGAUCUAGUCGAAAGGAUGUUGACAUUUGAUCCUAGAAAGAGAAUAACUGUUGAGGAUGCGCUCGCACAUCCUUACUUAGCCUCUUUGCAUGAUAUAAGUGAUGAGCCAGUGUGCAAUGUGCCCUUCAACUUUGACUUUGAGCAAGCAGCUCUCUCUGAAGAACAGAUGAAAGAGCUUAUCUACAAGGAGGCUCUUGCUUUCAACCCUGCGCACCAACAAUGAAAUUCAAGUAUUUCUUAUUGGCCUACUGGUCAGUGGACCAAACAAUUUAAUUUACUUAUCUUUCUGAUGGUGUUAUUGACUCAUUGGUGUAAAUACUUACCUCAUGAUGAG